CAAUUCUUUUAUUGCAAGCAUUAACAUGGAUUUAUUCCGUUCGUUUUUACUUUUAUUCCUUUCAACUAGUUUUGGAAGUUCGUUCAUUAUUAUUACGAAGAACAUUGAGACUUUACGAUAUCCUAAAACUCCAAUGAUGAGUACUCCAAUGUUUAACAAGGAAAUGACUCAAGAUUUGCCAACUCGUUAUCCAACUGAUCAAAUCCAAAAUCAAAUCUUUUCAGCUGUCGUCUCUAAAGCAUUAAAUCUCUUCCAGCAGAUUGGCAGACAAGUCCAAAUUUUGAACAGACCGACGACAACUCCAAGACCGACAACUGUGUCAUCGGGCUUCGAUAAAAACAAUUUACUUAAUUUUUUCGUCCAGAUUGUUCAGCAAAAACUUGGCCUUCAAAGCACUACAUCAUCACCAAGCAGUUCUGCUGAUGAAGAUGACUUCAAUACCGACUUUAAUGAUGACAGUUCCGGUGGUACAGUUCAGGAAUUAACGGGACAAGUGGAUUUUAAACCAGAUGAAAUACCUUCAAAAGAUGAACUUACCCUUGACUUGGCAACUGACGAAUUGGAAAGUGUUGACGAUAAUUUAUCGUUGAAGGAUGAUCAAUUUCCCCUUUUAAAACCAUCAGACAGCGAUGAAAGAUCUGAUUUUGGAUCUGACGAAAUCCUUGAAUCAGUUAAUGAAUCUCCCAGGAAAGAAAUCUCUUCAUCAAUAUCAUCGACCUCGACUAACAGUGAAACACUUAAUUUCGGAGAAGAGAUUCCCAUUCAACCAAUUGACAAUGAAUUACCAAACGGAUAUUUGCCACCAGUCUUGCCACAACUUAAAAACGAUGACGAUGAACAAUAAGAACUUGACACAAAAAUUUCAUAACUGAAGACAAGAACAACAGCAAAAAAUCCUACUGCAGGUACUCUUAAUGAUGAAUACUCAAACGAGAUUGUUUAAUUCGUAAUUGGCUCUUAACUUGUUUUGAGCUACAAAAGAUUUUGUUGAUGCGAUGGUUUUUUAUUUUUUGUUGUUGAAUUUUGAUUGACGUGUACAGAUAUAAUUCGAAUGAAUAAAAUGAUUUAAAUAGCAAAUAUUUAUGCACUUUGAUAUCCAUUAGAUGAUGGAGAUUUGCGUUAAAAGAUUUCUGAUGAUAAUUUCAUGGCUUGAAUUGAAUAAAG